AUGCUCGCGGCCGCUUCGUGGGGAAGGGGUGGCAGGCCACUCACCACCUCGACCGACGUGAGUUUUGAGAACGUGAGCCUGCACUCGGCGCUACUCCAAGUGGCACAGGUCAAGGGCCUCACCGCCUCAGCUCUCGAGUCGUGGAACCGAGCAAGCCGGCUGGUCCUCGAGCCCGCUGGCCUCAACACGGUGGGCGACCUGCUGUCGCUCCCCGCCCAGGACGUCGACGAGGACCUCCUCACCAACAACGACUCGGCCGCGCAGCGCGCCAAGCACCUGCGCGAGCUGGCCCUGCCCAAGGGCGUGCUGCGCGCACUCGUCCACAUGCGCUCGGGCCACCACGACGAGGCCCUGCGUGGUCUCGCCACCGCCCUGGCCAAGCGCCAGCCGCCCGUCUCCCCUUUCGCGGAGGCCGAGGAGACGCCCGCCGAAACGUCGGAAGACGAGACAAGCCCCCAAGCUGCGCAAUAA